AUGUGUUCAAUGUUCAAUGGUAAUCAAAAUAACAAAACAAUAUUAUUAUUAUUAUCAGAUAAAAAAGUUCAUUCCUUUUCGAUAGACAGUAUUCUACAGCAAUCUGACAACUUGAAUGGAUCAUGCAGUUCAACCACAAGUAAAACCUAUGAAGUUGAAUUUUCACGAAUAAAUCAACCCACAAAUUAUGAGUCAUUUGUAUCACAAGUAGAUGUGAAUAGAUUCUUCAAUGAAGGCUUGGUUUAUUCAAGUUUUACUUCAAAUCAGCUAACCGAUUUCCACAAACUACAACAACUACAUGAACGAAGUCAACACGGAGAACAGGAGCAAAAACCAGUACAUCGACGGAAACGUACCGCCUUCACUCAAUCACAAUUAAUCUCUUUAGAACAAAGUUUUCUGUGUAAAAGUUAUUUGAGUGUUACCGAACGAGCAGAUUUGGCAGCCAAUUUGGGACUAUCUGAAGCUCAAAUAAAAACAUGGUUUCAAAAUCGACGGACGAAAUGGAAACGUCAAGUGAAAACAAUAUUACAUGCUGAAGAUUCAAUUAAACCAGGAUCACCUAGACUGUCAACCUUGAAUUUCAAUCCUGCAACAUGGAAUCAUCGAAUAACAUCAAAUAACUAUCAAACCUUGAGACAACAAGAGGAUUUGACAUCUUUAUGUGACAGCGGAUUUCAUGAAAGUUUUAAGAUAAUAAGUCAACUUUUGUUGCGAUUUCCAACGAAUUGA